UCCCACAAGAACGAGGUCGAUAUGUCGCUGCAACGCUGCAACGUCCAUCAGCUGCUCCUGUAUUCGGUCUGUCUGCUCGCGGUGAUCGUGUUUUGUGCCCCGGCGGGUAGCGAGUCGCGUCGCGUGAUCUUCUUGGCCCCCAAUGGCAUCCAUCGCGGACAGAUCUUGGCCACGCAUGGCAUGGAGAAGCCCUGCCCGCAGUGUCACAUGCACGAUCAUCGCGGCAAUUGUCGUCGCAUCAUUUCGUACAAUGCAGAUGGCGUGCGCUGCUGAGAAGGGGAAAGAGCCAGUGAAAGCGCCCAAAAUGAAACAAAACCCAACCAAAACCAAAAUCAAAAUCAAAACCAAACCAAUCCAUCGAAACGAAUCUCCAACUCUCUCAAAACAACAGCAUUAUUCGUGCUCUAUUUAUUUAUGUUAUUUAUCUGCCUCGCACUCGCUCUAGAAUUCGCCCUAUUUUACAACCAAAAUACACAUACUUACUACA